AUGUCUAGUACCCGUGAAAGUUCCACAGAAGCCGCCAAUGACAAGUACACAUUUGGCUAUACCACUGAGCUCUCCAACCACGAGUCUUCGCUGUCUACAGCCAAACGGUUACGUCAGCGUUUACAGCGUCAACAAUCGGGGCAGUCAGGUAGGAAGUGUAAGAAACCCAUAAAGUUCUUAUAGGACGAAGGUAUACGGGCGAAAGCAGUGAGUGCUCGUCCUUGGUGGGAACCCCGACAGAAUCUGGAAGGUGCUUUACAUUUACAGCGGCCCAAAGAAUCCUCCGAAACGAGGAUAGGAAGCCUUCGGUGAAUCAAAAUCUUUCCGAGAUGUUGCUUGAUGUAAGUUAUUAAUAAUCUAAGAAAACCGACAUCAGGCAAUUCAUCUGGAUGACGUCAAUCUCGUAGACAGGCUGCUGCUCACACACAGUAACAAGAUCUUAUCUACAUCACCCAGUAUUGGAUCUACAAAUACUUUUACCGACUUGGCACAGAGACGCCAUGGAAAUCCUCGUCGUUCAAAUGCUUCAUCUACAGUUUCAACUCAUUCAGGAGGACGGUAAGAAUGGCAUCUCAUAAUCCCUUAUUUCCAGGUCCACAUGUGCUGUGGUGAACACAUUGCACAUAGCUGUCGCCCACAAGCAACGCGAUAUUGUGGAGUUACUCUUAAAGACGGGAUAUGAUGCAAACAAUGUUGCCUCUUGUUAUUGUAAGGGUAAUUGUACCGCCUCGGGAAAUAUCCCCCUUUCUUCAAUUCUACCCAGGUAUGUAAAGAAGAUAUUUUGAGGAUGUUGCAGAACCUAUUCUACAAUCCCUGAUAUGUGCUCAAUUUGUUCUCAACUGCGAAUUGUUUCAAUUAUUGACCAGACGCCCUUAGGGGUUGCUGUGAGAGCCCAGAGUCCAGAGAUGAUUGCCAUGUUGAUUGCCUAUGGAGCUGACGUAAAUGGAAGUGAUGAGGAUGGAAAUACUCCAUUGAUGUUGGCGGUCCGCGAAUCCCCGUUGAACUGGCACUGUCUUCACACACUUAUAUUCUUUGGGGCCAGGUAAGACAGAGAAGUCAAACAACUAUUUCCAGAAUAUUGCAAAAGAACAACCGUGGGAUCUGCCCUUUGGAUUUGGCUCCAGAAUUGAGAAAACUGCAGGAAUCUUGUGUGGAAAGUCUUUUUCAAACAGCCUGCUCCCCCACCGAUGAGAGUGCCAACCAUCCGAGCCAAGAAAGGGUCCUCAGAACUGUGGCCAUGAUUAAUGCAAACAAACAAAGCAAGAAACUGCAUGUGGAUAACUGUAAGUGAAAACCGGUUUCCUGAACAUUGGUGUGUUUAGCCAGUUUCUGUGAAAGGGGGAGUCUGAACAAGUCCCCAUUAUCACCCAGGAACUCAACUGCACCAUCCAUCAGCACAUGCUCGAUGUUAGAUGCUGGAUCCAGCAAAGAAACCAGUCGCAGAAAAUCAUUUGUCUCAUUACAAUUACACAGACGCAGUAAAAUACCCAAGGAAUGUAAGUAUUGCGCGUCAGAUGAAUAUUAAAAAGUAAUGGUUUUGUUAUAACAUGGGUUUAUUUCAUAAUAGCAACAUUUAGUCUUUGAACACAUCACGUGGGACCAGGCUUGGGAAAUGCUGACAAAGAUGGCGUGCAAUCCGGAAUGCACAGAACUUAGUCUGGUACGAAGUUUGAAACAUGGUUUGAAAAAAAUCAACUUUUAGCGAAUUUUAAACAAAUUCUGCGGCCAAUUGGACAGUUCCGUAGCAGAAAGGGAGUCCUUAGACUCGCAUUUGGGAGGUUUGUUACAUCAAGUCCUGUUGACUUCAAUUGGUGAAUAUCAACAAACCACGCCCACAUACCAACGGACUAAUCGGAAACAAUUCACAAACACCUUGGUAUCUCUGGUCGACUUCUGUUAUCUUUGUCUUCAGAAGAAUGGGGGCUGUCGUCAGUUUGCCGCUCUCAGUACUCUUAACAAAGUAAGUUCUCUCAACAUAAAAUUAGUCUUUAGAUCAUCGACACAGGCUUGGUGAACACUUUAUAUGUGAAUAAUGAAAUUUCAUUCCAUUCUUCGCGACUAUUAAAUCGCCCAAAUGAUUUUCAUUAUUACGAUUUCGAAGGGAAUAUUAGUCCCAUUAUGAAUUCCAUCGACGAACCCGCCGAUAAUUCGUUGGGUGCCGGAGGCAGUAAUUCUAAUUCAAACUCGGAUCGUCGCCUCACACUCGACCAUAUCAAAGGCAUCACCAGUGGUCAAACAUCGGGCUUUAAAAGGUUUAUUUAUGGGAAUCCUGACUCAGCAUCCUCUCAUCCUACACAGAAGGCGAUAGACCUGUCUUCCAGAUUCUCUCAAAUAGAUCCAAGCAUCAUAAUUGCAUGUUUACACAACUCCAUCACAAUGCACAACCGAGAAGCAGGAGCCAGAAGUGUCUGUUCUCCGGCCCAUCGAUGGCGUCAAUGCUCUAAUCACUGCACGCAGAUACUAGUAGCCAGAUUACUUCUGUUCUUGUCUAAUUACAAGGAGUUCAGAAGGAGAUUAAGCGACAGACACGAGAUUAAGACCCUUAUUCAGUUGCUGGAACCGACUCUGGACCCCCAACUAUUAUGUUUGUUAUUGCAAACUCUAGCCAUUGUUGCUUUGGACCCGGCCAUGCAUAAUUUAUUCAUCGAAUUGCAAAUCGAUGAUGUUCUUAUUCAAAUGUUGCUCCCCGCGGAUGACUGGUAUUACACAAAUCAUAGCACAAAGUUUGGUUACUUCGUAAAACAUCAUGCCGCGCGUAUCCUUGUCUAUAUCGGAUUGGGGGAUCGUGUUGGUAACAGAGUCAAUCUUUUCCAACCAACAGAAAAUAUAAUGAAUGACCCAAAGAAACAAAACAGUUCCAACUCGCAGAAUGAAGACGACUACAUAUUUGAUACCUGCAGGACAGCACAUCUGAUUCAAGAUGGAAACAGAACGGCCAUGUCUGUGGAGGGUAUAUUGGAAAAGACUCUGAGUGAAGUAAGUAAUUUUAUAAGCAAAAAUAUUUUUGUCUCACAAUCAGCUUGCCACGAACGCCAUAAGCACUACAUCCGAGCCAAUAACCGAAGAACCCGCUUCUUCUUCAUCUCCACCAAAUUUUGAUCCAAAAGCGAUGCCCGAGGAAUACGAACAGACAAUGCCAAUGAUUGCUGAUAAUGGGGCCGUGAUCACAAUUACUCCAUCGAGUCGAAAUACGAGUUGUGUUGGAGGGAGUCAACUGGUUAUUCCCUUAGGACAUCCUUUUAAUCUACCCGCUCAAAGAGUGCUAAUUUCAUUGAAUAAUCUCGAAACCCAUUUGUGCAAAUUCUCGAUGAUAUUUGACUCCAUGCUGAUCUUAAGAGUUCUACUUCAUAAGUUGUCAUGGGAUCUAAGUCUGGUUACUAAAAGACGUCAGGUCGCAGAAAGCCACAGAAACACAGCUGCCGAUAUCAGAGCACACUCUAGCUGUUCAUUGGGCUCAUCUUUCCAGUACGUUCAUACAUUGUAAUACUAAAAUAUUUACAGCCGUCGAGAAGACAACACAUCACGGAGAAAUUCGGAUAAAAGAUUUCUAAGAGUAAAUCAAGGAUCAAGGCUGUCGAAAAGAGUUCACAUAAGAAGGUCUAGGUAAGGAAACCUACAUAAAUAUUUUCUGUAUAUUUUUUGCAGCUCUGUGGAGAUUCCAAGACCAAAACGAUUUAGCAGUGGUGCAAAAGAACUGCGAAAAGAACGGAGAAAACGCCUCGGGACUGACACAAGCAGUGGCUCUGGACGCUCCAAGAAAACAAAUUCGUCAUCAUCAAGUGUACAGAAACAUCUCCCAAAGUAUAUUCAGUCCCUAUUCCGGAAUAGAAUGGGGACAGAUCCCUGCAAACGACACACUCGAGGGGAUUCUUCCCCUGAUUCGAAUACCAGUGGAUCAGAAGCCGUUAUAGAGUUCACAAAGAAAUUACAGAACAUACCACCAUUGAGAAGAGAGAAUAUGAGACAAAAGUACAAGAACGCAGGUCAUCAAGAUUCGGGAGGGAGUGAACAGAAGGCCAAAAGUAUGGGGUACAGCUAUCUCCCAGAACUCGAGAUCAACGGAGCCUCUCCUCCUCGCUCUCCAAUGCCUCAGAACUCCAUUGAUGGUGGUGCAUCUUUACUUGGUGGUAAUCAAAACAGGAGGCCGUCGAGUCCACAGGCAAUUCCUGGACUGCCAUUAAUUGAGAUAAGAAGACCGUCAGCCCUGUCCCAAUUUGAAUUCGGUUACUUUGUAAAUUCGCCAGAGAUUGUGGGCAAUGACUCCGAUUGCGCACCUUUGCUGCUUAGUGGGAAUGGUGCCGCCGCAGGAUCCAGAAAAUCAUCCGACGGUAACAUCCCUUUCAGAUAUUUGAAGCUUCUGGAAAAAAUAAAUUAAUUUCUUUUGUUUCUAGAGAGCUCAAUGUGUGGUUGGAGUUCACGAGCAAGCUCGGCCAUGAGUCAGCGCUCGUCCUCCGGCGGACUCAGACUCUCGACAUUCUCAGCUGGGACAUCGAUUGCUUCUGAUAACUCGGGGCCAUUCCUUUUCAGCUUUGUUUUGAGGAAACGCGCCUCCACUAUUGGAACUCGAAUUCCCCUUCCCAAACGUGCCAUCAGUCGCUCAUCAGGAGACAGCCUCCGUGUUCCCGACAGAGAGGUAAAGACACAUAAACUUAACCAAAAUGUGUUAUAGAGUCCCCUACAAAUAGUUUCGGGAAUUGAUAUGAGCCCGGACUUUCAAUGCAUCAGACAACUAUUACUUAAUCUACUUCUCAUGUACACCAAUAGGAGUUCCAAUUUUGUUACCACUCUCAAGUCAUGUUCUGAUGUCCUUAGACAAAUACUGAAUUCUCCCCAACAUCCUACUGUUAAGAAUUGGUGUAGUGACAUCAUGUCUGUGGUAAACAAUCAACUUGAGACCGAAGAAGAAUGCAAAUUGGAGUCUGACGAGAAGACUAAUGACGAAUAUCUUGAUGUAAGGAAGCAAUCAAUAUAUAUUCCUCUACAUUUUCAGUUACAAGAUCAGAUCAUCAGUGGAUCCCUUCCCUGCCCGAAAGACGAAGCUGCUCUCCUAGCAUCUAUCCAGCUCUGUGUUGAGGAGAACUGGCCCUCUAACAAGCGGACUCAAACAAUCCGAAGGCAUUUACUCAAAGGUCAAUUUGGUAAGCGAUCCAAGCUAAAUCCAUAGAUAAAAUUUAGGUCGAAUACGUGACCUGGCACAGAAAAUAAUGGUCACUCCAUGGGAAGUCGACCAGAACUUGUAUUGCACCCCACCAAGAACAUUCAGUGAAACAGUGACGAGGAAACCGUCUAUGGGAAUCUCUGAACAUAGACGACGAUCUCUGACAUUAUUUGGAUGUAUGUCCGAUCCAGACCCAACAGUUUCUUCUGAUAUUCAAGCACAAUGUCUACCGGUUGACCUUAGAGGUGACAGAAGAACAAUCAAGAUGAUAAGAGAACGAAAACGGAAGCUAUUUCAUAGUCAAGUAUACGAAUCUGAAGCCGGGAUGAAGAAAUUAUAUAUUCAGGCAGGCUAGACAAUUUCUUAAACACAUAGUUAAUUUGGAUUUUAGACUUGUAAAAAGCUGCCUUCGUAUGGAUGCAAAGUCUUCCAAGUCAAGGAACUUCUCCAUGGGAGAUCUUUACGGAAGGUAAUCGAAGCAAUAAAAACCAAUGUAUAUUUUAGACUAUGCGACUGUUAUGUUUGAGCAGCACAGUAUUAUGUCUUCUUGACGGGAAUUCAAAGAUGAUACUAAAGAGACAGCAUGCUAGCACUUUACAACAAUGGCGAGUAGGUGGAGGAGUUUCCAAACAUCAAUUACUACUCGAAUUCCGAGGAACUAAAUGGCAGCUAAUCGGUAAUAGAGGUUUCAAAAAUAAUUUACUUGCUUUAGCACCAAGUUACAACGGACUAAAGUCGAUCUCCAUGACCCUCUGGGAGAUCAUGCAGAACCGAACCAAUGUUCUAGUCCAGAGAUCUUUCAAUCGAUCGGGAAAACAAAGUCUAGCAAUAUGGGACACAAAAAGUAGACGUGUCUUCUUACCUCAUCCCUACCUUUCAGGCAUAACAUCAAGAACAAAUUCAAUGGCAUCGACAACGUCUUCAUUUAAAGAUGAUUUAGGGAUCAGCGAACCCAUUACAUUGUUCAGAUUAGAGUUGGAGAGACUCCAAUAUAUCCUCCAUUUCCCGGAAGAAGUAGCCUUCCAGGUAAAGAACCCACCCAAACAUCACCGUUAAAUUGCAGUUGACUUCUACCGAAUACCAAUUGUUUUAUAACAUCGCUCCCAUCGAUUACAUACGUUACGUUGGAUGUGAUCUGGCUGCAAUAAACAUUGUUGACAACCCGAGUCCAGUGAAGAACCUGGUGAAACGGUUGAGUGAAGUCAGUUCAUGGAUAACACACGUUAUAAUCAGCCAGCCAACCCAUGAAGACAGAAAGAAUUGUUUGCUGGCCAUAAUCCGAGUCAUCGACACAUGUUGGAACAUCGGAAACUUCAAUGCAGCAGUGGAAAUUCUGAUGGGUUUGAAGUCCACGAAACUGCGUCCGUUUUGGUUGUCUCUGAAACAAGAUGAAAGACGUCGUUAUGAAGAGUUUGUGGACAUUCUUGUCCCCAAUGAAGACGCCCCGCCUCAUCAUGUAUAUGCAGAAGCCAUCCAAAGGGCACUCAGGAUGCCUCAGUCAAGGGUAAUACCCUUUUUUGGCACAUUCUUAAGAGAUCUUUACGCGAUUGUAAAUGACAUACCGAACAUUGUCCUCAUGAAUAACGACCAAGAUAUGGAGAAAUUGAAGUUUUUGAGUGAUAUUAAUGGGGACGACCACUUCUCCAGCCACAUUGGUGUUGGUGGUCUUCUCAAUACUGAUAAAAUUUCCCUAGUCUCUGUGGUGAUGGAUAACCUGGAGACAUUCCAUUUACAUCAUCGACAAAUGAGUAAAUAUUUGGAACCGAUUGGAGAAAAUACAGGUAUGAGUUCGUAAAUUUCAAAAAAAUGACGAAGUGUCACAAUCGGUUUUAUUGACUUUUUGUAAAAUCGCAAAUAUUGAUUGUUACGAAUUUUCGUCGUAAUUUGGAUGAAUGCAUCAAGUGGCCUUCUGUAAUUUAAUGUAUAAUAAUAGCUUUUUAGAAUCCGAGAAGGAAGAAGCAAAGCCCUACGAACCUGUGAGUUUAAUCCCGGGAUCUUCUCAUGGAAUCUCUGUGAUCCCUCUGAAUACAUCGACGUUCGACCUUGAUGUUAUCCAGCGAAUUCAACAUGGCACCACGGCUAUUCAUUAUGAUCCCGAUUCUGGCCGUAGUGUCCUCUGUAAAUUAAGUCUUGAUGCUUCUUGUUCUACAGUUUCCUGGAAGAGAAUUUACUACGGAGGGAAAGAAGGAAAGGAGAAGGAUUUGACCCCAUUGACCCGCAACAAUCAGCAAGGCCUUGGAGACUUUGCCAAGAGCUAUAUUAACAGUCGACCUCGGGAUGCAGCUAACUUUGCUUUAGAGGAGGGAUACAUACGGACCAGUUAUAUAAAGGCAAUCGAACCAGUGGAUUCUUAUGAUAUUGACAUUGAGAAUAUCUACAAAAGGCAUUCGAACGAGGAGAUGUCCGUCCCGGUAUUUUGUUGGACCAUAAACUUUGGGUGUAUGUUAAAUGACAACGAAUUCCUCUACUUCUUGGCUCCACAGCAAAUCGCUAAUUAUUGGAUGAACGGAUUGACAAGGGUACCAUUUUAUAUCAGUCUUUUUCCCUUAAUCAUGGACUUUUUUUAAAAAAUGGACUUUAAAAAAUCCAUUUAGAGUAGGGUUGUUAAAUUCGCCUCAAGACACUUCCGGAAUCAGGACACUUCCAAAAUGGCGGAAUAGUGACACUUCUGGAAGCGGGAAAAAACAAAAGAUAAGGCUUAGAACUACCACCUACACCAUCUGAAUGGAUUUAUUUCAUUAUUUUUAGUGUCACUAUUCAGCCAUUCCGGAAGUAUCCAAAUUCCGGAAACGUCGUGGUGUCGUUAUAUUUGACGGAGUUUUUUAAUCUGACGUCAAAUUGUCGUCAUUUUCGUCUUUUUACCUAACAGGGGAAGUGCCCCAAGUGCGACGCUCAGAUAAAAUUUGAAGAAUCGUCAUCGUAAGGGAAGCUUAGGGACUUCCCUUAUAAAUUGAAAAUUCUGAUGUACAAAGCUUUCGCACGCGAGUUUAACAUAGACUAUGAUGACUACCGUUGAUAUUAGUCGUAACUAGUAUUACUGCUUGUUUCAUCAAUAAUUGUAACAAGAAGGAGCAAAUUUCCUAAAAUUUUUUAAUUCUUAUUAGGAUUUUUUAGCAAAAAUCUGCAAAAAAUUUCCAAAAAAGUGUGAUUUGACAAUCGAAAUGACAUAACAAUUUGACAAGACGAAAAUAUCGGCAAUUCGACAAUGUCAUUGACGCGUCAAGUUGACGACUUAACAUCCCUAAUUUAGAGAGUUUCAUGAAAAAAAUAUAUGUUUUUAAAGGUCAUAAAAUGCAUUCACGAGCAAAACAAACGACCAGACCGUCGAGUAUUAUGGCUGAAAAAGUUAUACCUCCAACUAUACCAUGAGUGUGAAAGGGACACCGGUUAUACCGAGUACAAACGAUUUGGACCAAGACCCAUUGAGGCUCUUCAGGUAGGUCUGAUAACAAAACAUGCACCAUUUACAGGCCUUUGGUGGAAGAGUGGAGAAAUGGCGCAAUCUUGGAAUGAGUCAGAAUCUUCCAGCAUGCUCAAGACCCACGGAUUCUAGCUCAUCAACGGAUGGAGGUGGAGCCAAAAGCAGACUGAAGCAGAUGACCAUAGCGGUGACCAGACGUGUGAAAGGAACCUCCCGUGAUUGCAGCCGAAGUCAAUCUCCCCAGCCUCAGUCCCCACUCGUAAGACCUCCUUCAAUCAAGAGCCAGCUUUCGAGUCAGAGCGGUCCCCCAGGUCCAAAUAGUCCCGGCUAUCUUCUGAAGCCCCGCGGAGACACAGCCCUGUCAGAUGCCGGUGAUCUUGAUUCCUUGUAUACUCCUCGAUCAAGAACCCCCACGUCCAGUUCGUACGGUGGGCGCUCGGUUGGUGGAAGAUCGGUGAGAUCAUGGAGGUCUAGAGGUGGAGAAACCCCCAAUUCUGGAUCCAUCAGCAGCAGCGGACAAGUUUCGGGAGGGCUUUCCGGGAAGGAAUAUCAAGAGAAACCUGUCCAUUUCACAGAAUUUCUUGAAUUAUAUAGAUUGUUUAGCACUAGAAUGCGGAAAGAUCUGAAGUAAGUGAAUUUGUAAUUGCUAACCGUUUUAGGGACCUCUUUAACGAGUGUGUUAUCCAUGCAAGCACAGCCAAUUGUCAUGUCACAAAACGGGAGCGGGAUAAGCAGAGCCCCAGACUCCAAUCCCGCUUGGAAUCCAUCUCAGCUUGUCAAAUUCCCGAUUUCAUUCCUGAUGGUAAGACAAGCUGUUCUCGAGGUCCAGCCAUGUAUCCCUUUUAGUCUUGGACAAGAUGAAUUUCUUUUGUUUCAGAUGUCCUGACCAGAAAUACGGCUUCCCAUUACAUUCAUUUGAAUGACAAGCAGCUGAAGAUCUACAAUGCUCUUGCGCUGGCAUCGGUUAGCAGUGCUGGGUUAAUGGAUACAUCUCGGAACGUUGUCUUGACACCAGCCGCCAUAAAACAAUUCAUUCUUACGCAACAAAUGGAGAAGGUGGACGAUAAUUACAUUGUCAAACUGAUCCAAGAGCAUGAGCCUGAUCCGGUAUUCAGAAAUAAGAAUCUGAUGUCGUUUGAGGGGUUUGUGAGAUAUCUGCAGGAUCCCACCAAUUACGCGUUUGUUCCCGAAGAAAUCAAGGACUCUCAAGAACAGCUGGAGUACCCGAUUAGUUGUUAUUACAUCAGCUCAAGUCAUAAUACGUACUUGACUGGUCAUCAAUUAAAGGGAGAGUCAUCCGCUGAAAUGUAUCGACAGGUAACUACUUUUUCUCGCUGAUUGUAUAUGGAAUGCCGUUUAGGUGUUACUCACUGGUUGUCGUUGCAUUGAAUUGGAUUGUUGGGAUGGAGAUGAUGGGCUCCCAUUAAUCUAUCAUGGUCAUACAUUCACAUCCAAAAUCAGCUUUAGACAGGUCGUGGAUAUCAUUAAGAAGAGUGCUUUCCUCACUUCUACUCUUCCAGUCAUCUUAAGUAUUGAAAAUCAUUGUUCGUUGCAACAACAAGCUAAGAUGGCACAGAUGUUCAAGGUAAAGUUUUAGCUCAUUCUAGUGAAAUAAUAUUGUUUUAGACUGUAUUUGGUGAUAAGUUGGUCUCGAGCUUCUUGUUUGAUGCUGACUACACUGACAAUCCGAAGCUUCCUUCCCCUUGGCAAUUGCAAAAUAAAAUCCUGAUUAAGAACAAGAAGAUGACGAUGGAACCAACCGUUGGGUUGGGAUUUGAUAAACUCAUAAACCCUGAUUUCAAUGCUGGGCAUCGACUCCAUAAACAAAGCAGAUGUUCAUAUGAUUCAUCUACCAUUGACGAUGUGGAUGAAGAUGAUUUUGAUGAGUUCUUAGAUGAUGAAGACCAAGAUACCGAUGAUCCUGAGGACCCGAGAACUGAUGCUGAAAGUCCCAAAGUUCCAGUCAUAAAAACUCCGAAAAGGUCGACCAGUCAAGGAUCUGUGAACAGUUUUAUAAGUGACAGAACUAACACUACUAGAAAUGAUAAAAAGAUUGUAAGUCGUAGAAAACGAAGAAUGAGUUUACAGGAUAACAAGGAGGAUGAGGUCUUUGUCCGUCGAUCCCCAGCCAGGCUAGCCACAGGCCUUCAGAUUGCCCCGGAACUCUCUGAUCUCGUGAUUUACACUCAGGCCGUGAAAUUCAAGGUAGCGAAAUUAUACGUAAAAUUUUACUCAUAUCUUAGGCCCAUUUGAAAGGAUUCGUGGCCGGAGAAGAGUGCUAUAACAGAUCCCGGGAGGAUCUACAAUUAACGAUGCAGAACAUGAAUCCCCCCAAGAUGAGAUCCCAUGCCCCCAGUCUUCUCAGUUACGUUGGUCCCCCUAAACGACAAAAGAGUAGUAGUCAGAUCUCCACCGAUUCUCUGAAGAGUACCGAAGAUAAUAUCGCGACCCCUUCGACUACUGUAACUGGCCGUCCAAUGACCCAUGCGUCUUGUUAUCAAGUUACGAGUUUGACAGAAGCAUCAGCCAGAAAAUUAUGCAGAAAACAUCCGUUGAAAUGUAUAAGCUACACUCGGAAUCACAUUAUGAGGACGUACCCGGGAGGGAUGAGGAUUGACUCGUCUAACUUCAAUCCCCUCCAAUUCUGGCAAUUCGGCCUUCAGAUGGUCGCCCUUAAUUAUCAGACGGCCGAUGUUCCGAUGGCCUUGAAUGCUGCGAUGUUCGAACAGUCAGGGAAUAAUGGGUAUAUUCUGAAGCCUCGGGCCCUGUGGGAUCCAGCCCAUCCACUCUACAACAAGUUUAACCCUUUGUCAAAGGACCUUAAUAACUGUUCGGCUCUUAUUUUACAACUCACUGUAAGUUUCUUUGUGAAAACCCAUGUUUUUCUUUUUAGGUCAUAUCUGGCCAAUAUGUUUGUCCUCAUCAAUUCACAGCCAGUCCUUUCCUGGAGAUUGAGAUUCUUGGGAUUCCGAUCGACUGUUAUAAGGAGAAGACCAAGAUUAUUGGCCGGAACUCAGUGAACCCUGUCUGGAAUCACACGGUGACUUUUAGAAUCAGAUUUGUGGAGCUUGCAUUUCUCAGAAUCGCUGUUUGUGAUGGGGCGGCGAAUGGGAAGUGCAUGGCCCAAAGAGUUGUCCCGGUCAGAUGCCUAAGGCCUGGCUAUCGUCAUCUACCUCUUCGAACAGUCGCCAACCAACUUCUGGAGCAGUCCGCUCUUUUUAUUCGAAGCAGAUUCGAAGAAGAACAACAUAUUUAUUUACAUGAUGAUGAGGAGGUUAACACUUAUUCAAAUUAUCGGCCUGAACUUUCUUAUCAGGUCCUCAAGAUUGAUCCUGUAAGUUAUAUUAGGGCUCUUUACCUUUGUUCUCAGGAUGCGGAUGUGCAACUUUUAUCUGUCAUCAAGAAACAGAUAUUCAUAAUCAAAAUAACCGGACUGUAUGGAGACGACAGCCCUGUUAUUGUGCAUGCAGAGUCUGGAAGUACUGUUAGGAGCGUGGUGCAAGCGGUAGGUUUAAAAUAAGUAAUUUAAAUGUCACCUUCCAGGCCCUGAAUAAUGUCGGAAAGGGAGGGGAAAAUGCGGAUGAUUACCUUCUCUUCGAGGAAAGCUUGAAUUGCACUGCCCCCUCUCCCAUCAUGGAUAUUAAUAAUGAACAUGGAAGGGAAAUCCCCAGCCAAAAGAUCCUUCCCCAUGGAGAGCCGAUCAUGGAUGCAGUUGCUUGUUGGAACGGAGUUGCUCGUAGAUUCCAUUUGAGAAAGAAGAGCUCGGUAAGAAAUACGUAUUCGUAAUGUAGGACUGUCGUAUAGGCGCUGUACUUUCGCAAAGUGGUCAAACAGAAAAAGAUUUUUAGACAAAAAAAUCAACAUUGCCCCGCAGGGACAGAUGCAUCUGUUGACAAAAAAGAUGUCUCGAAAAAAGGGCACAUUGAGUAUUUUUCAUUUUAACAAAUCAUAGGCUGGAGGAUUGCGUAACUACAGUAACCGGGCGUUUUUGUUUGCUCGAUUGUGUAAUACGUACACCUAUAUCUGAUUUUUUUGUUCAAUCUCAUUACAGGACCCGUCUGGGCGAGCUUGGAUCUCAUCGAUAAUCAAGAGUGGUGGGGCUAGUUCGAGUAUUUCGAAUUCGGCCAGUCCAGCCUUUGGGCAGAACCGGAAGGGUGGAGGUCCGGCCGUUUCUGGAACAACUUCCGAUGCCUCGGUCAGUGGAUCAAUCAGCCCCGGAGUGAUCUCGAGAACAGGCUCAAGGAAGAGCCCCAAGCAUCAACUGUCGUUCCAACUUGCUGGACGUUCGCUAGAUGUUGAAGCGUUACCUUCUCCAGAUUUCUUGGAUCCUUCGGGUUAGUCAUCAAGUAGAUCCACUCUAAUCGACUUUACAUCUAAAAUUACAAUUUUAUAUAUUUUUAUAGGCAUUCAUCCAAGAGCCAGAUCGAUGGGCGAAACGUUUUUGGUAUGCGUUCACGAUGUUAGCGACAAUCAUCCAUAUGCCAUCUUAAGGACGAGUAUUCACAACACCACUAGAGACCUAAUAAAACAGGUAAUUUUAAUUUAUUAUAAUAUAGUACCAAUGUUUAGAUAUUCGUGAAAUCACAAAAAUACGAGUCAGAUGAGGAGGAUUUUGUGCUGGUGGAAGAGCUUGGAGAUAUUGGGAACGAUUCCCCGAGAAUCAGUGAGUAAUUAUUCUUGAAAGAUACGUAAUUUAGCUGGAGGAAAAAUGAGUCUGGAUGGAUCGCUGAAGAGUAAGAUGUGGAGGGUCCUGGGAGAUGAUGAAAAUGUAUGGAAGACCCAGAGUAAAUGGUCAACGGCUGGGCGAUUCAGACUUGCCAAAAGAAGUGAUAUAACCAAAUACGAAAAGGUCAGUUACUUGUCGUGACAUUUGCGGAAUUGCGGAAAAGUGACACAUGCGCAAUUCUGAACAAAUGCUUCAUGAAUUCUUGUUUUCACCUCCCUUCUUCAACAUUGCUUGACCAGAUAGCUAAUAAGUUGAAAUCACAAUCAAAUUUUUUAAAUGACUGACACUGUUACAACAGUCAAGAUUUCCGGAAUUCUUGACUGUUGCUAAAAAUCGAUCCAGUCAAGACUCCCAUGAUUGUUGAUUGGGAGGGUCCGAGUCAGGAUUUGCAACAAAUUUUGAAAAGGACCUUUCGAAUUACUAACGCACAGGUCUUAUCUUCUGAAUCAGAAAAAAAUUUCAAUUUCUUUGAUAUAUGGAUCCACCUGUAACUCGAUACCCCAUAGAAGUACUUUCCUUGUAAGAUAUAUGCGAGAAAACUAGUUCGCGCUUUGCAGAAACGACCAAGAUUUUUGGAUCGAAAGUUCGCAAAAAUUCGACACUUUUUGGCGAAUGUCGGCACGAAAAGUUUUAUACCUUACUAGGGAAGUGUACAAACGAACCCUCACCAAAUGGCAAGUGUUAUACACCAUUGGAAAGCCCUUGAAAAAUGGUGAAAGGUACCAUUUUCAUUUUUUGCAGAAUGCCUCAGGGCAAAAAGUUAUAAACGGUUGAUUUGUCCCUUAAGUAGUUACAAUAUCUUCUAUUAGGCAAAAUAAAUGUUAUUUCAAAACGCUAAAUGGUACGUAUUACCAUUAGGUUGGCCUAAUAAUCAUUAUGAAGUCUGGCGCUUGCCAAUAAAACCAUUUUACAUAUGAUAUUUACUGGUUUUAAAUACCCAUAAGGUGAAAAAACACUUUUCACUUUUUUUUUAAUCUUGAAAAACAUGUAAGUUUGAUGGUUUUAACCGUAAUAGAUCGUCUCCCAGAAAAAUUAAAACGUUUGUAAAAGUUUAACGCAAAUAUUUACCUAACUGUAAGAACGCAAAAAUGAUUUUGCCUAAGCUGGGAACCGAACCUGGCUUGCUUUGGCUUAUCAGCCUGCUCGGCAACCACUGCGCUAUUGAAGCAACCCUCUCCAAGGAUUUUUUCCUGCCCAAGAGAAAGAAAGAUUUUUGUUGCAGAAUGACCUAAAAAUAAUAUAAUUUACAGUAUGUUGUCGCGGAAAGUCAUUCUGCAAAAAAUGAAAAUGGUGUCUUCUAUCAUUUUUCAAGGGCUCUUCAAUGACAUAUGUCACUUAUCAUUUGGUGAGGGUUCGUUUGUACACUUCCCUAGUUAGAGGGGAAGCUUUUUUUCUGCGCGAAACUGGCAAAGCACUGACCAAAAGAAGUUUUUCUCUCUGACCGCUGUCCGCGUUUCACGUACUCUCUCGGCAGCAAAGAUCGUUUAAUAUUACGACUGCGCCCGCAAAGCGCGGACUAAAGCUUUCAAGGUCUGAUACUUGGUCUAUGUUUGACGUGUGUGCAAAAUUUAAAGAUAAUCUGUUCGUCGCACUUGGGGUACUUUCCUUGUAAGCCUAAAUACAGGUUUGUGGCUAGCCAUUUAAAAAAUUUGGUUGUGAUUUCAACUUAUUGGCUAGCUGGUCAAACAAUGUUGAAGAAGGGAGGUGAAACAAUAAUUUAUAACGCAUCUGUUCCAAGUUCCGCACGUGCCGUCAGUUAUCCACAGAGAAGUAAAAUCUUCCUGUGUGGAUCGGGUAAUUUGAAUUGAUCUUUCGAAAGACUUUCUAUAUUAAAAAAAUUGUAGCCUGUAUAUCAGCCUUAUAAAAAUAAUUCUUGAAGCAAGCAUACAUAUCUUUACAAUGCGCUACUUAAUGAACAGGAAAUUUACAGUGUCAAAAGCCAGAUAUGAGCCACAUAAUGAAAGCACAGCGAAAGAUCUCUCUGGCCAGUCUGGACUCCUUGCCAAGACGCAUUUCACAGUUCGGUAAAUCAUUGACAAUCGACAAUGCACGCAAUAAUCCUUAA